CUCUUUUUCUUCUACUUACCCAUUUAGAUAUAAUAUGUAUAAAGUGUUGCUUUGUGUAAUAGCAGUGUCUUUGUUUAAAAAUCCCAUUAGCAAUGUCUGGUCACAGCCCAUAGACAGUUUUGACGACUCAGUACCACUAUCAGAUAUGGACAUCUUGACUGAGAAUAAUCCCGAUAAAACUGAUGAAGGUGAUCCAUUGAUUGAAGGUGAUAUAGUCCUUCCUCCAAUGCCAGAUGGAAACUCGAAUGAUAUCGAAGAUGAAUUGGAGACGAGAAAGGGAAUGUUAAACGUCAUUAACUUGUGGCCAAGUGGGCGAGUAUCAUACAACUUUCACUCGUCUGUCAGCAAACAAACAAAGGAAAGGAUCCGAGAAGCCAUGGACAAAUGGGAAAAUGAGACAUGUCUUCGCUUCCAUGAAACUCUUGUAGAUUUUUCAUACAUUCGAUUUAGAACUGACAAAUCGGGAUGUUGGUCCUUGGUGGGUAGACAAAACCAACCGUUUCGAGGUCAAGAUGUUUCCAUUGGACCAGGUUGCGAAAGAGUUUCUGUUAUUACUCAUGAAGUUGGCCAUGCUAUAGGAUUGUACCAUGAACAAUCUCGUAUAGACAGAGACAGAUACGUAAACAUUCUUUGGAACAACAUCCCGCCUGGAAUGACUUCUCAAUUCUCACAAGGAAUGGACUUUCCUAGGGGAGUAGAAUAUGAUUAUACAUCUAUAAUGCAUUACAGCGCAAUGGCUUUUAGCAAAGCAAUGUUUGAAAAAAAUACUAUCACAACGAAAAAUCCUCAUUAUCAACGACUGAUUGGAAGUGGACGUGUGAUUUCUUUUAGAGAUGCAAAGCUCGUGAAUCGAAUGUAUUCCUGCAAUUCUUUUUGCCCCAACCUCUUCAAUGAAUCACAACAAUGUGAAAAUAAUGGUUAUUUAGCACCUUACAGAAAUGACGGCAAAGACUGUGCCUGCAACUGUCCACCCGGAACUUCAGGAGAACGUUGUGAGAACGUUAUCUAUGAUGGUUACUAUAGUCCACCUAUAUGCGGUGGUAACGUGACGGAAGAAACAGAAAUUAAAACACCUGGAUACCCAUUCAGAAAUCUUCCCAUUGAUCCUUGCAGUUGGUGGAUUCAGGCUCCUUACGGCAAGCGAGUCAUGGUGACAUUUGAUGACUUUAGUUUUGCCCCACGUCUAGUUGCCUCCAGAGCCAGCAAAUAUCGAAACAGAUGCCUGCAAGAAAGGGUUGAAAUCAGAACAAGAAGCAUGGCUGAAGGAAACAUGUAUUGUGGGGAAGACAUUAAGCCAGGAACAAAUCUCCAAUCAACAGGAAGGCAAUUCAUGAUUAUAAUUAACACCAAUGGACACGACAAAGACACGAGAGGAUUGAAAAUCACGUACGCUUCAAAUUUGGAAGAUGAUUUCAAGGAACUUGAUGAUGAAAAACUUUUAAUGAGUCUUCUUGCGCGCUCAAAGACUGAUAAAGGUCAAAAUCUUAUGGAGGGAGACAUCGUUCAAGACACUCCAAUAACUUAUGAGAAAAACACAAUGAAAGCUUUACCACAUAAAGGAGGACUUUGGUUGGAUAAAAUCAUACCGUAUACCUUUCAUAAAACUGUAAAUAAAAGUACUGGGGAUGUAAUUCUAUCUGCCAUGUCAGAAUGGGAAAAGAAAACUUGCAUACACUUUGUUCGACGAACAAAUGAAAAACAACAUCUUCGUUUUCGAACAGAUAGUGCUGGGUGUUACACAUUUGUGGGUAAAAAAUACAUGGAUGGUCAAGAUGUCAAUUUGGGACCCGGUUGCGAACAUCUUCAAAUAGCGAUGCAUGAAAUUGGACAUUCCUUGGGAUUCUACCACGAGCAUUCUAGAAAAGAUCGCAGCACAGUGCUAAGGAUAUUAUGGCAAAACAUCGAAAAUGGAAUGGCAAGUCAGUUUAGACCAGGAAAUGAUGCACCUAGAGGUGUACCGUACGAUGUCACAUCUAUCAUGCACUACAACCCAAUGUCUUUCAGCAAGAAGUUAUUUGAAAAAAAUACAAUGGUGACUUUGGAGCCAAAACUUCAAACUCUCAUUGGUAGAAAUCGAGGUAUCACCUUUAGGGACGCAAAACUGGCGAAUAUGAUCUAUUCUUGUGAUGAUGGUUGCCCAAAUAAGAGAACACUGGUGUGUGAAAAUGAAGGUUAUUUGUCACCUUACCAAGAAGAUUUGAAACCAUGUCAUUGUGUAUGUCCUCCCAAUACCAAAGGAUCCAGAUGUGAGACUUUAGUCGGUGACUAUUACGGAUCUAUUUCUUGUGGUGGGGAUAUUUCUCAAGAAAAGAUAAUAGAAACACCUGGUUAUCCUCAAAGAAUUCCGAACGACAGUUGCGCUUGGCAGAUUAAGGCACCUCAAGGCAACAAAGUUGAAGUUACUUUUGAAGAUUUUAGCUUUCGUUCAAGAAUGGAUAAACCGGGCAAUAAAUACAACGGUUAUUGUGUUUUUGAACAUGUGGAAAUUCGAACAUCAAAUAUGGAAGAAGGAGAAUUUUUCUGUGGGGAGGAUAUUCCAAAAAUGUCAAAAAUGAUUUCAACAUCGAAUACGUUUCUCAUUCUCAUUAAAGCUGACAGCAAAGGACAAGGUCGAGGACUAAAAGCUUCUGUAAAAUUUGUGUGAAGGCACUAUAUUUCUUAGAUGUGUCUGCACCUGUAUUUAAAUGAUUUUUACAAAGCCAUGCAAUAAAAUUUUUAUUUUGUGUAA